AUGAAAGCGCUUCCGCUCCUACCGCCGCUGCCCGCACUUGCCGAGCGCGGCUCCGCUGCGGAGGAGGAGAAGCGGCUCCCUCACCUCCCACCCGCUCCCUCGGUGUUAGACAUUCUUCCCCAACCUUCCUACACGGAGGCCGAUAAUUUGAUAAGAAACCUGCAGGUGGCCGGCUUCUUCGCUGGUGAGGCACCAUGUAUUUCCCUGGAAAAGCAGACUUUACAUCUUCAGAGAGAGCCGGCUCUCUUGUUGUACCAAAGCGCUACACGCCGCGCGGCUGGCGGGCUGCGGGCGCGGCGGAGGGCAGCUCCCGGCCCCGCUGAGGCGCGGCGGGCAGGCGGCGGCAGCAGCUCGGACGCUGCCCGCCCGCCUCCCACCUCCGCCGGCAGCCUUGGAGAGCACGGCCCGGCGGCGCUGGCCAAGGGUUCCUCCCGCCACCGCCGGCCGUCUCUCGAGCUCAGCCGAAGCCCCGACGGGGCGACCCGGGGAGGCAGCAGCGGGCAUGGUCGGGGCGGUGGAAGACCCGGAGCCUUGGCGGGCGGAACGAUUAGAGCUGAGAAGCCCUCGACGGGCGUUGCCCACUGUCCUCCCCCGCUCCGGACCUCCGGGGGCGGCAGCGGUGCCGCCUCCGCGGUGCGGAUCGUCGCUGCCCCCGCGUGUCCCGCCGCCGCCGCAGGGUGCCUCGCCUGGGGCAGAUCCGCGCCCCCUUCCCCUGCCCCCUUCGCCCUCGUUAUUUCCCCUUGUCCCGACAAAGCCGAGAGGAGCCUCGAACUCGGGACAAAGGAGGAAGGCGAUCGGGAGAUCAGCAGCAGCCGGGACAGCCCGCCGGUGCGCGCCAAGAAGCCUCGGAAGGCACGGACCGCCUUCUCCGACCACCAGCUCAACCAGUUGGAGCGCAGCUUCGAGCGUCAGAAGUACCUGAGCGUGCAGGACCGCAUGGACUUGGCCGCCGCGCUCAACCUCACCGACACGCAGGUCAAAACCUGGUACCAGAACCGGAGGACGAAGUGGAAGCGGCAGACGGCGGUGGGCCUGGAGCUGCUGGCCGAGGCCGGGAACUACUCAGCACUGCAGCGGAUGUUCCCCUCGCCUUAUUUCUAUCACCCCAGCCUGCUGGGCAGCAUGGACAGUACGACGGCGGCCGCGGCGGCCGCAGCCAUGUACAGCAGCAUGUACCGGACUCCCCCCGCGCCGCACCCCCAGCUCCAGCGGCCACUGGUGCCGCGGGUGCUGAUCCACGGGCUGGGGCCCGGCGGGCAGCCGGCCCUCAACCCCCUGGCCAACCCCAUGCCCGGCACCCCGCACCCUCGGUGAAACGGCACCGCGGUCCCCGCAACGAGCCCUUCCCCUCCCCGUCCCCAAACAAGCCCCAGCACCGCAGAGGAGGAAGCGAGGGGAAGCCGAGGGGCAGGAGCUUCUGCAGGCAGCCACCGGCCGCCGAGGGAGGCGAUCAGUCAGAGCAGGGACUCUUGAACCGUGAACCCAGAGCCAAGCCCGUAAGUGAAACGACCACACGCGGGGGAAGGCGGGCAGAGCCGCGGGGCGACCCGCCGACCUCGGCUCCUGCGAGGCAGGACUUGGAGCUCGGAGAGAGAGAGGGACGGAGGGGGUGGAGGAGGAGAGGGAGAGGGAGCCCGAACCCGCCGGAGAGACAAAUGGCUGCGGAGGACGGAGGGAAUGAGAGCGCCUCGACCCCCGCCCGGCGGAGAAGACCGGGGAAACGGAGAACUUUGCACUGAUUUUUCUCAUUACCUUUUUUUUUUUUCUUAUUGCAAAGUGGCAUGCUCCCUAAUGCGAACAGAAUUGUACAGACCGAGUGCUGAGUGCUAUAUCAUAUUUAUUAUAUGUCGUCCAAAAAAAAGGAGAAAAAAUUUCACUUCUAUACAUUAGUUUAAAAUGAACGAACAUGGUUCUUCCCUAUCCCUUUUCAUGUCUUUUUGGAUUCAGUAAAAUAAAUGCUUAGAUGAUAAAAUAUAGAUUUUUUUUUUUUUGUGACUGAAAAAUUACAGGGGAAAGCAAAACAAAAAAGAAAUAAACUUUAUCUUUUUUUAACAAACGUGAAAAUUCAAGGUAGCUAAUUUCUCCGUGACAAGAACUCAAGAAAUUCAGAGUAGAAAAGGCAGAUGCCACUUUUUUAUUUUCAAUAUUAUAUUGAACACAUUUUGAGUUUUAGGCUUGUUGUUUCUUAACUGGCGCUGUUUUUCCCUAUCUGUAUUUUAAAGGAAAAUCAA